GUGAUAAAACCCAUCAUGCUGCCCCUCCUGAGAUCCAUGUCCUCAGAGUCCCUGCUGGGCAAUGGCCACAAAGAAGAGGAACUGCCAAGGCCAGGCUGGGGCAGGGAUGCUGGUCUUUGUGCCCCCGAGAGCCAGGAAAUGCCCAGCACUCUGACACCCGCCAGCGUGCAAGGCACACACUUGAAGGGGGCGGCCUGUGAGGAUAUGGAGGACUACGGGUGCGGUCCCAGCGCAGCCAGGCCAGAGACCUCCCAGGCAGCCCCAAAGAGGUAUGUCCCAUUUCCUCCACUCACAGGAGAGGGCCAAGGGUUGAAGCCACCCCGAGAGGCCGUACAUAAAGUCGUGGCGAACAAGGGCAAGAGCAGUUCCAUAGACCAGGGGAAGCUGGAAGCUCCAAGGUGCAUCCCCACGAUUGCUUUGCCAGAAGGCAACCUAGAAGACCAGCCACCCCUACAGAAGCUUGGAACCUGUUGGGAAGAGCAGGCGCAAGGCUUCCAAAGUCACUUUUUGUCUACACCCAGAGCACGGCCCCCGGGGAGAAGACUGGUCCCUGGUGAGCUAGCAGCUUCCCCCAACGCCAGCUCCCUGGAAGAGAACAGUGCAUGCUCCCCUGCCACCAGCAGCAUUUGGGAUGAUGCUUACCAGGCCCCCAGUGAGCCCAGCCUGCUGCCAGGGGAGCCUCCCCGCAGCAGCCCCUGGGCCAGCGCCCGCCCUGGCAGGGUGGCCCACAGGGAGGACCUGACACAUGCCCUCACGUGGGAGCCUGGCUCCGACCCCCAACUGGAGCCAUCAGCAGAAGACCUCAGGACACUUUCUCCGAGAGGCUCGUUGUUGGACGUGGCCACCAGCUCAGCUGGCCUCCUGGAGAAGCCAGAGCCUCCUGCUCAGCUGGAGAGGGCGGCUGGCAAGCCACCAGCAGUCCCACCCAAAACAGAGAAGGCCCUGCGGCGGGCCAAGAAGCUGGCGAGCAAGAGGAGAAAGACCGACCAGCCACAGGGAAAGCAGGGUGAACGCCGGGAGGAAAAGCUGUACCCUGAGGACUCAGAGCGUAGGCCACCAUCCCCCGGAGAGAGGCCCCCAGCCAGGUUCCCCAUGGUCCGUUCCCUACCCCCUCCCGUGUGCCGCCACUCAGUGUCUGCCUUCUCAGAGCCGAUCCCGAGGCGGCCUGGGGGGUCCCAGUCCCUUACACCCCUGUCCCCUUACCCUGCCACCCAGAAGGUCCUCCAAGACCCCCAAUCUGGAGAGUACUUUGUCUUCGAUCUGCCGCUCCAGAUGAAAAUCAAGACCUUCUAUGACCCAGAGACGGGCAAAUACGUCAAGGUCUCCAUCCCCUCCUCUGAGGGGGGUUCCCCCGAGCCAAGCCCGCCGGAUGCCCUUGCUGCUCCCUACGUGCUGUACCCGGGCUUCCGGCCCCUGCCCGUGACAGCCUUGGUGCCCCUGCGGUGCUCCUCUCAGCUCUCUGCCCCCACCUUCCUAAGGCAGCGGCCUCACACCGCCGAGGCAGCUGGCCCCAGGCCCCAGAGCGCCCAAGAUGCUGGCCUGCAGCUGGCCUCAGAGCCUCCCAGUGACCCCACCCAGCACUCUGCAGGCCAGUGCCCGAAGGGGCGCCCCCAGAGCCCAGGGGAGGAGGUGGGAGAUGCUCCAAGCCUGGAUAUCGUCUGCACUAACGACCUAGAGGACUUUGCCAUGGAAGGCAUUUCUUGAGAAUCACAGCAGACUAACCCACCCCCCCGAUAAACCCAGAAGAGCUUACUUCUCCCUCCCCCAGAACAAUCACACACACACACACACACACACACACACACACACACACACACACACAUCAACUCAUACUCAGCCAUUUGAGAUCCCUAAAGUUUCAAAGGAAGUGGGGACCCUCAGAAAACCCGACCUGCAGGGCUCCGCAAGGCUGCCCUCCCUGGGAGGGUGCUGCUCUGCUCUCCUAACAAGUCCCUUCUGAACCCCUUCCUGGAUCCAGGAUCUGCUCCACUUCUUUUCUCCGCCCCUCCCUGCUCCCUGUUCUCCCCUGGCCCUGCCACCAGGGUGGGUCCAGCCUGAUUCCCUAACAAGCUGUUCCCACCAGCAUUCCACCCACUCCUCCUCAAGGGUCGGCUCCCACAGUGAGCAAACCCCAGGGCCCCCAGAAGCACUGCGUCGCGCUGAGCCCUGCCCGGCCAGCAGACCGCCCAGUACACCCCCUCCUAGGUCAGGUGUGGCACACGGUGGCCACCCCACCCUCGCUCAGACCCAGCAGCCCUUUCCAGCUCACCUUAGGGGGGAAAUGGCUGACGGCUGAACCAAGGCAAUCUUGCAGAAAUGUUUAAUAGAAUGGGUUUGAAUAGAAUGUUCAAACUUUGUUUGAAUAGAAUGGGUUUUCUUUACUGAGGAAACUUUCCUCUGAAGGCUAUUUUCUGAUCACCUUGUAAAAAGUGAAACAAGUUUGCAGAUGCGGUUCUGUCUGUGGACUCCUGUCUUUCUUCUGUGGGCAGUGGUGGGUCUGUGCUGCUGAGUAAAGUGUCGUGCCUU